AUGCUUGUGCUGAGUGUUACUUCUGUGUGUUGUAGGUCACCUGCAAAGUUCGUCAUUCCCUCACCAAAGGCUGUACAGAGAUCUUUUAACACUGUAAAAGAGGAUGGCAAUGAGACAAAUCUGCCUGCUGCCAUUCCCCAAGAUGACUCUCUUCAGAUCAUUGACAGUAUCAUAGAAGAAAGCCAAAAAGGAAGUGCUGAUGAUGCGACUCCCCUGCUUGAUAAUCUUAAUACUGUUGAAAGAGCGGAGCCACCAGCGGAAGAGAAUGAAGCUCAGGAAGUUCCUUUGGAGCAAGUGGAGGAAGCUGAGUAUCCUCGUUGUGUGGAGAGUGAGGAAGAACGAUCCGAAGGUGCAGAGACAAACAACGCAAGAGUUUCAGCACCAGAAUCACUGGACAUCUCAGAGCUCAGAGCCUCACAGGACGUUUUUCAGCCUCCAGAUAUUACCAGUACUUUAGGACAGCCUGAUGGGACACGCACAGCUCCAGGAGAUGAACUGAGACCUGCAGACCUUUUAGACCAGGUCCCACUAUUAGACCAUUCAGCAGACUCUGAUCAAUCCGGACCCUCUAAACCUCCACGCCAGUUUACAGUGGAACCGGACAUUGUUGCUAGCACCAAGAAGCCUCCUCCCUCACGUCCACCACCUCCCAGCGGAGGUCCACCCCCGCGACCGCCCCCACCAUCCAGACAAACUCUCCCUUCAAAAAAGUCUCAGGAAUCUCUAAGGCCAAGUGGACUUGAAGUUCUGGAAGGAAACUCUAUCAGUCCUGAAGUCUCAGAGCCUUCGGGCCUGUUGUCUCCGGGCAGCACAGUGAGGAGUCUGACCAAAGACCUGCUCCAUUCUCUGGAUUUAGCUAGUGCAACAAGUGGGGACAAGGUGGUCACUGCGCAGGAAAAUGAGGAUGAACAACCUUGCUCUCAAAGUGGAACGUCAUCCCCAGGUUCUCAGCGUCCACGCUCCAACUCUGGAAGAGAACUGACUGAUGAGGAAAUCCUGGCCAGUGUGAUGAUCAAGAAUCUAGACACUGGAGAGGAGAUUCCUUUAAUUCAGGCAGAAGAGAAACUGCCAGCUGGAAUCAACCCCCUCACUCUGCAUAUCAUGAGGAGGACUAAGGAGUACAUUACAAAUGAUGCAGCACAAUCUGAUGACGAUGACAAACCAUCAGCUUCGUUGACAGACACUGAUGGAGGGAAGCUGAAACAGAAAACGACUCAGUUAAAGAAAUUCCUUGGUAAGUCUGUGAAAAAGGCCAAGCAUUUUGCCGAAGAAUAUGGAGAGAAGGCAGUGAACAAAGUGAAAAGUGUGCGUGAUGAAGUGUUCCACACGGACCAGGAUGAUCCAUCCUCCAGUGAUGAUGAAGGCAUGCCAUACACCCGGCCUGCCAAAUUUAAGGCUGCACACAGCUUAAAGGGACCCUUUGACUUUGAUCAGAUUAAAGUUGUGCAGGAUCUCAGUGGAGAACACACGGGUGCUGUUUGGACCAUGAAGUUUUCUCACUGUGGGAGGCUUCUGGCAAGUGCAGGGCAGGAUAAUGUAGUUCGCAUUUGGGUGCUAAAAACAGCAUUUGACUAUUUUAAUAACAUGAGAAUAAAGUACAACACUGAAGGUCGUGUCUCGCCCUCACCAUCACAAGAAAGUUUAUGCUCUUCUAAAUCAGAUACAGAUACAGCUGCAAGUUGUGUUCCAGAAGACCCAGAAACGGACGACAGGAAUGCUCCUUUCCGACAGGUUCCCUUUUGCAAGUACAAAGGUCACACAGCUGAUCUAUUAGACCUGUCUUGGUCAAAGAACUUUUUCUUGCUGUCUUCUUCCAUGGAUAAAACAGUGAGAUUAUGGCACAUAUCCAGGAGGGAGUGUUUGUGCUGUUUCCAACACAUAGAUUUUGUUACAGCUAUAGCUUUCCAUCCAAGAGAUGACAGAUAUUUCCUUAGUGGUUCUCUUGAUGGAAAGCUGCGACUUUGGAACAUUCCCGACAAAAAAGUGGCUUUGUGGAACGAAGUGGAUGGGCAAACACGGCUCAUCACUGCUGCCAAUUUCUGUCAGAAUGGGAAAUAUGCCGUGAUUGGCACCUAUGAUGGUCGAUGCAUUUUCUAUGACACAGAGCGUUUAAAAUAUCACACCCAAAUUCAUGUGAGGUCGACAAGAGGUAGAAACAAAGUGGGUCGCAAAAUCACAGGAAUUGAACCUUUACCAGGAGAGAACAAGAUUUUGGUGACCUCUAAUGAUUCCCGCAUUCGCUUGUAUGACCUGAGGGACUUGUCUUUAUCCAUGAAAUAUAAAGGUUAUGUCAAUAGCAGCAGCCAGAUUAAGGCCAGCUUUAGCCACGACUACUCGUUUAUUGUGAGUGGCUCCGAGGAUAAAUACAUCUACAUAUGGAGCACUUAUCAUGACUUGAGUAAAUUCACCUCUGUACGCCGUGACCGCAAUGACUUCUGGGAAGGAAUCAAAGCCCACAACGCAGUGGUCACUUCAGCCAUUUUUGCACCACACCCAGAACUUAUUAUCCCACAAGAAAGCCCAGCAGAAAAGCCUGAAGCAGAGUGUAAGAGUCUGGACUCCACUGACUCAGAGACCAUUCCCUCUGGUGCCCUUAAGACAGACCAUUCUGAAGUUUUGCUUUCAGCAGACUUCACCGGAGCCAUAAAAGUUUUCAUCAAUGUCAAAAAGUAUUGA